UAACAACUAUGGUCGAAAUGGCUACCAACAGUGACCAAGGAAUAACUGGUGGGAGGAGAACUUAGAGAGAGAGCAGGGCGAUCGUGUGGAAAAAAUGUGGGGUUAGUAUUUCGAAGAAAUGCAGACCAAGGAAAAGGAAAAACAAGAGGAGCGCAAGUUGAAGGAGGAAGAGGAGAGGAAAAGAGCACAAGAAGCAGCGGAAGGGAAAGAGGAAACCAAGAAAGAAAGGGAGGAAUUCGAGAAUUCGUUGGGAAAAAUUGAUAAAGAUAACAUAGAGGUAUGCGAGCAGAUGUUGGGCAAGAAGGCGAAUUCCAACCAUGGGGCAAAUAUGGAAUCGCGAGACGAUACCAGGGGGAACAAGCAAGAGAAAAUGUGGAGACGUGGGGAUGCUGCGGCCAAAGGGCAAAUUGAUCGUCAGAAGAACAAAGACAUCGAACGUCUGCAACGAAAGAAUAACAAUCUAGUACGCAUGGCGACGGGCAGGGAAAACAAGGAAUUGGACGGGAUUAAGGAGGACAAUCAAGCCCUGAUUCAUGACAUGCUCAGUCUGGGGGACGAGGUGGAGAACUUAAAUCGCGACAAUAAGCGUGGCGUGGAGACAGUCAUGGAGAAAAGUCCUCCGGAGGAACUUGUGAGGGGGAAAGUCAAGCAGGUGGACGAUGCCCGUACCGGCGUACCCCAGCUGAAUGGGCAAAGUUGACCGAAGCGUAGAAGCGAGUGAGGGACGAGAAAGAUAUGGCGGAGAAGGAAGUAUCGACUCUCAAAGAAACGAAUCAAUCGUAUAAAGAUAA